CACGCCCCCUGAGAAUAAUGUGUCGGAUCGAUUCGUUUCUGCGAACGUUGUUUUUUUAUGCGGGGAAUUAAGAACGGUCACAUUGGGAACGGAUACUUUUACCGGUCUCUUUUUUUAGCCUACUACUACUUUUUCGGCUACUUCGAGAUUUAUUGGAUAUUAGCCUAAAUCAACACAAUGCAAUAUGUUCAUUUAUCUAAGGAUUCAUGCCGAAACGGUUCCAUAAUAAGGCUACUGUGUCCAUCUCAGACUGCGGUGUGUAUAGUCAACGGGGAGUCAAACCUCCUCAACACCUCCUUCACUGACAAUCACAAUGCCACAGAGACAGGGCUGUCAGCCGUCGGCAACAACUGGACCAACUAUAACUUCUGGACUGGUUUGACCUUGGCAGUGCUGUCGGCCUUCCUGAUUGGAGGAAGUGUGAUGCUGAAGAAGAAGGCCCUGCUUCGCCUAGCCAAUAAUGGACAGACCAGAGCAGGUGAAGGUGGUCAUGGAUAUUUAAAGGACUGGCUAUGGUGGAGUGGACUUCUAACCAUGGGUGCCGGUGAGGUUGCCAACUUUGCAGCGUACAUGUUUGCUCCAGCUACUGUGGUGACUCCUCUGGGCGCCCUGAGUGUCCUUAUCAGUGCAGUGCUGUCCUCUUACCUGUUGGGGGAGACACUGAAUCUGUUGGGGAAGCUGGGCUGUGUGCUCAGCAUACUGGGCAGCACUCUCAUGGUGAUCCAUGCACCUGAAGAAGAGGAAGUCACUACCCUGCAGCAGAUGACUGACAAAUUGCUUGACCCAGGCUUCCUUGUGUUUGCCAGUAUCCUGCUGGUGGCCUGCUUGCUGCUUAUCUUCUACUUCUCCCCCCGUGUGGGCCAGACCAACAUCCUGGUCUACAUCGGCAUCUGUUCCCUGCUGGGAGCCUUCACCGUCUCCUCCGUCAAGGGCCUGGGCAUCGCCAUCCGCACAGUGACCUCUGACCCGGCCGUGGUGCGUCACCCGCUCACCUGGAUCCUACUGGUGUCACUGGUCAGUUCCAUCGUGGUCCAGGUCAACUACCUGAACAAGUCUCUGGACACCUUCAACACGCUGCUGGUCUACCCAAUCUACUACGUGUGUUUCACCACCGUGGUGCUCACCACCUCCAUCAUCCUGUUUAAAGAGUGGGGGACCAUGUCUGGUGUGGAUGUGGUGGGCACCGUGGGGGGCUUCCUGGUCAUCAUCUUGGGGGUAGCCAUGCUGCACCUGUUCAAAGACAUCCACGUCACCCUGGAGGGCCUGGCCAGCAGAAUGUGUCAGCCGCUGGAGGUGAAACGGGAGGACAAACACAUCCUCAUUGAGAAUAUGGAGAGCCUGCCUCCCAUGAGAGAAGACGCACCCAGAGUCUUCAUCAUCAGCUGAGAGACUGGCACUCAGGAUCUUCAUCAUCAGCUGAGAGACUGGCACUCAGGAUCUUCAUCAUCAGCUGAGAGACUGGCACUCAGGAUCUUCAUCAUCAGCUGAGAGACUGGCACCUGAGAGAACUCUUAGCACAUUCACUUAUGUAAAUAUGUAUUCGUUAGUCUUUUUAUUGGUAGUUUUAUGUAGAUUUGUGACCAGAUCUGUUGUUGACUAUGUCUAUGAUGCUCCAGGAUGCUAAAUAGUUACUGAGGACUUUUGUCUAUGAAGGUACCAGAGAAGAGAUGACAUUUUAUAUAGUUGUUUAUACUUGUGGGUGUUUUUUAACCUCAGUUAAUGAUCAUAUGGGUUGCUGAUGACGCUGCAGGCUAUGUAGACUGCUGCUGAAGACCAAUGUUUGUGAUUCAUCAAGGCAUUUUAAAAGGGCUAUUUUUUUAUAUAUAUAUAUAUAUAUAUAUAUAUAUAUAUAUAUAUAUAUAUAUAUAUAUAUAUAUAUAUAUAUAUACUUUGCAUUUUAAGAUGUUGACUACAUUUCAUAUUUCUGUUGCCUGUCACUCAUUUCAAUAAAUAUUUUCUAUUUUGUGCCCAUUA